AAAAGUGUCACUGCUCUCUGUAAUGUGUUUCAAAGUGCUACUAUUCUCUGUAAUGUGUUUAAAAGUGCUACUACUCUCUGUAAUGUGAUUAAAAGUACCACUACUUCCUGCACACUAUACAUUUUCUGCCUUCUCUUCCCUGCUAUCUAUUGCAUAGUUUUUUCACCAUUCAAAAUACUAACAUUAUUUUAAAAUGACUAUAUGAUAAAUAGGAUUCUUUCCUCCACCAACACAUCCCCCUUUAAUAACGAUAAGAAUUUCCAUAUGCUUUCUUGUCAUAUCGGGAUGUCUGGGGAAGCUGAGCUGCAGAUGCGGCUAGUGCUGCUACUUCUGUUACCAAUGGCAUUCAGACUGACAGCUCUCCGUGCCAGACCAACAACUGUACUUCAUAGCUGUGGAAUAAGAGACUGGCAGCAGCCGCAGCAGCUUCCCCCCCAUCUCCGCAGAGACAACAGCAGCCAGCCACUUUACUACCACCCCAGCACCUUCGGGCGUCUCUCCGGGGUCCACCACUAAACUUCAGGGAGUGGACUUGGAAACCACAGCACUGGGGACACGUGUGUGUCUCCCAGCUUUCUGCCUUUGGGUCCAAAAAUUCUUUGUCCCCUUCAGUCAGCUUGCAAAGCAGUCGGCAUGGACGUUCUUACAAAAUCGCCUGCUGAGCAGAUCAUGAUUCAAAAAGGGAAUGCUGGAGAAAGCAGCAGCCGAAAAAUGAAGCAACAUUCUCAAGAGCCACCAGCGUCCUCAUCCGAGGAAUCAAAAUAUGUGGAGAUUUAUGAUUUCCCAGGAGGGAGGGGAGGGAGUCCUCAGGCUGUAAAACUGACUUUGGCAGGGAAUGGAAGUAAAGUGGCCUUUAUCAGACCUAAAAAUGGACCUUAUAGGAUGAAUGAGGUUAACAGCUUGGCAAACAAUAUGCUGGCAGACAAAUCUGCAGAUCAAGAAUCCCAGGAUUAUAAAUCUGACAUGGAAGGCUCUCCUUCUCCCGUGGGGAUGAAAGCUGAUGAGGUGGGGGGAAGCAUCUCUGGCAGCAGCUCAGAAGGGUCUGAGAGCACGUUGUCCCCUAGCAUCUCCAACAUCCAGCUUUACACAAAUGGCUGCCCAGAAUCAUCCUCAUCCUCGUCUCCUUCGCCAGUACCAAAGACAGGGUGCUUUCCAAAAACAGACGACUCGGGCACAGGGGGCAAAACCUCCUCUUCUUCAUUUGGAUAUGACAGUGAUGAAGAUGAUGAUGCAGAGUGCAAAGAAAUCUGUCUGAGUAACCAGAGAGAAGAAUGUCGGCAUGCUUCACAACUGCUGCAGUCGCAAGACAGCUACACCAGUGAAAACAACAGUAAUAAUGAUGAAGCACAUUAUAUUACAACCCAUGAAAUUCAGCUUAGCGAAGUGGACCAUGACAUGGAUUUUGACUAUGGAUUAGCCUCCCGGUGGGACUUUGAGGACAACAAUGUGAUCUAUUCCUUUGUGGAUUAUGCUUCUUUUGGGAGUGAAGAGACACUUGCAGACACACAGACGGAAGAGGACAAUAGCUGUUAUCUCAGCACGACAACUAGUGAUCCCAAUAACCAGACCGACAGUAUCGAUAAUACCAGCAGCACAGAGAUAGUCAGCAUUAAUUCUGAAAAUGAUACCCCUAUCACAGACAAAUGCGCCAGCUCGGAAGAAAGUCAGUCCAAGAACCUCAGCAACAUGAGUGAGAAUUCUGCAGGCCAGAUACUCCUAUCAAUCAAACCAACUUCCAAGGCUAUAAAUGAGCCUAGCAACCAGCACAAAAAGCAAAACAUUAUUUAUGCUGCCAAGCAUGAAGGCGACAUGAGUGUCUGUGUCUCCACAGCUCAUGAACAAAAUUCAAGAUUAAAGCAAGGUGCUUUUCAUGACUAUGCAAAAAAAUUCAUUGCAGUUCCUGCACGCUUGCAAACAAAGUGCGGAGCCAUAAGAGCAAGAGAACUGGGAGGAUAUUCAAGUGGUGCUUCCAGUGUGGUUAGUGAGCUGGAUGAUGCAGAUAAAGAAGUAAGAAGCCUAACUGCAAGGGCAUUUCGGAGCUUAGCUUAUCCCUAUUUUGAUACUCUGAACUUGAGCUCCAGUGAAUCUUCCACGUCUCUUUCAGACCAUACCUUAGGAAUCAACCGGUGGUCAACUUACUUGGAUUUAAAGUGUGGCAGCCUUGGGCAAAAGGCAGAGCAGAAUCUUUUCAAAAGCAACACUGCAUCUGCAGGAUGGAGCAGAAGCACUGGGACAAAAACUUCCACUGACCAGUUGUAUAUUCACUCUAAUAAGUCACAGACGAAAGCAUUGGAGUUUGUAGUCAGCAAACUUGAUGGGGAAAUAACACAUGUCGAAACACCACCUUCUUUUGAAAAACGGAUCCAGUCGGGGUCCCGAGUUGUUACUUUGUUGGAGACUUUGAAUUUCAGCAGCAAUAUUAAAACGGGAGUCCCCAGACAUGCUAAACCUUCUGAAAAUACUACUGUUAGAUCAAGUUGCACAGAUGAAGUUACAGACGCACUGUCUAAGGAGCUGGGCAAUGAAGCCUGCAAACAAACUGGGUCAGCUGCAGAAACCAUGGAAGGCACACAGAAGAAAUCAAAAUUUGCAUCUAGUCUCCUCAAAAAUGUCAUCUCAAAGAAAAUGCAAUUGGAGCAUGAAUUCAAAAUGGAAAGGGGAGAGAUCACAGACACCACGUAUUCCGGUAUGUCCAAUUCCUUAUCUUCUAAAGAGGUAGAUGGCAAUUUCAAAGAAAAGUUCAAGGAUGGGGGUUUGCAGAGACAGAAUUCUAGAUAUUCAGAAGGCAGUUCUGAUUACACUAUUGUAACGGGAGAUGACUUGGGGGAGUUUUUUGAUAGCAAGUCACCUACUUCCAAGCCAUCUUCUCCUCGGGAGGGAAACAUUAGUCUGGAUCGAUCCCUCUCUGAAACAUUGUUAGAAGAGGCAUGCAAAAUAAAAGAGAGUGCGUCCGAAACGCUCAAGGCAACCUUUCUCCGUAGUCAAAACAGUGCAUUCAGAACAUGGAAAGAAAAAGAAGCAGAGAAAAAGGAAGAAAAGGCUCCUGUGAGAAAACUGAAAAUUUCACCCAAAGGUGAUUGGAAGGCUGAUUUGGGAGAAAUAUCAGCCAGCAAGUCAACUAAAAUGUCUCGUCUCUUUGUUCCAAAUAUUCAACAAACAACCAAAGAAAAGCAAUCCAGCACACAGGUGACCAGAUACUCCACAGCAACCAGUGCAGCAGCUCAGACAGCCAUUGCUACCACAGUGCUAAAACCUAAACCCCCUGAGAUCAAAAUCAGUUUGGGCAGCGUGGAGCACAACAAAGAUCAUCCUUUCAAUAUUGCCAAGCUCCUCACACCAAAGAUAGCUGGAAGCAUCCCAAAUUUUUUAAAGACAGUUGAUGAUAUCAAGUGUCAGCAGCAAAAAUCAUUCAAAGGGGAAACCAUGGAUAAAGUGCCUCAGUUUCAAGUGCGCGAUGUAAGAGAAAGUAAGGCUAAGAUCCAAGGGCCAAUCCACCAGGUGAGAGAUGUUAGGAAACUAAUCAAAAGUAACUACGGCCAUGAAUCAGGGGAGAACAGUGAUAGGGGCAGUGUCAACUCUGAGCAGGGAACGUCUGAGCAGAAACCAAAGCAGAUAGUGACAGCAGGCAUUCCCAGGUCUCUUUCUCCAAUGGUGAUAACUUGGCAAGCAGUGAGCAACAACAAGGAGGACAAGGAGGAAAAAAACGUAUGCAGGACUUCUGAGAUGGAGGCCAAAACAAACAGUGGAGGCAAGAUGCUACCUUCCAACCAAGAGGGGACAAUCUUGGUGCACAGGACUUCAGGGAGGCUACCUGUGGCUACCAUUGCUCCAAACAAAAGUGACCCCCAUCAGCCUUCUGUGCUGAAGAUAGUGUCCAAAAGCUCUGUGCCUUGGAGGCAGCAAGCACAGCCAGCAUCACAGCCUCAAUCAGCAAUUCUAGAGAAGAGCAACAAAGUAGUACCAUUGGUAGCUUCUGGAGAAGAAGAACCUUCACGAGAUGAAGCAACAAAGACAUCUCUCACAGUAAACCAUCAAGCACUGGAGAAACUUACGGCAGCAGUCCGGAGCAUGGAGGAACUCUACAGUUUCCACAAAAAUGAGUGGAAGCGCAAGAGUGACCCGUUGCCCAUAACUGACAGCCAUGUUCUUUCUCUCAUCACCAGUGAGGAACGGAACACCGGAGCCAUGCCUUGUACCAGGGAAGAGUUGAUGGUAGGUGACAAGUCUGAGGACCAGGCAACAGGCCAGGCGAUAUCGCCCAACAGCAGGAAUGGCCCAGACCGCCAAACUCACAGCAGGACUGCCAACCCGACCAAGAACACAGAAAAGGUCUCAGCCAAGACUGCUGCCUUUGAGAAUCUGGCCCAGUCUCGGGAGCGACUACGUGGCCCUGGCAUACGUGGAGAGGCAACCACAAAUGCUAUUACCACCACUACCCCCACAGGAACUCUGGAGCGAAGCAGGGCUCCUGAGGCCCCCCGUGGUACUUUCACCUUCAAUGCCCUGGCCCACAAGGCCAAGCAACAGCAGUCCAAAGAACCUUCUCCUCCACCACCAUCCAGGGGCCUCAAAGGCCAGGCCAGGCCUCGGUCCAUCAAACUCUUUACAGACAAACAGGAGGAGGCUGAAAAGGGCCCCAAGGUGUCAGCUCCGGACUGUGGGAACUACUUGGCCAUCCCUCUCAAGGCCUCAUCUGUGGAAAAACCAGUAGCAGCUCCAUCAGGGGGUGGGGUUCUCAUCUCGGCAGCCUCAGCUGCAUCUGCCCUUAGUGGUCAACAGCCCUACUACUCAGGGAGAAACCAAGCCAGGCAACAGCAGCAGCAGCCUGAGGAAGGCCCUAUUACAAAGAACCAGCAGCCUCUGCUUUCUCCGCAGCAGUCGCAGCAGCAGCCCUUGCCUCAGGUACCUCACACCACUGCACAUCAAUUUGACAUGUCUCCUGCACAGAUCUUUCCUCAAGCUUUGUCCCUUGCUGCUGCUGCCGCCGCUGCCGCCUUAACACAACAGGCACCUCUGUUGUGCUUCUCGCCCCCUGCUGCUGAAGCCUCCACUUUCCCACCACCUCAGACGCAGCGCAAGGUCCUCUUGGACCUGAGCACAGGCCAGUGUUAUGUGGUAGAUGCACCCUUGCAGCAGCAGCAGCAGCCUCAGAAGCGACGCCUCUUUGAUCCAGAGACUGGGCAAUAUGUAGAAGUGCCCUUCCCAGGUGCACAACAGCCUCCUCCACCAGCUGCCAUGGCCCCCAUGACCCUACCCAUAUCCUCCCUGACCCUGGGCCCUGCAGCAGCAGGUGGAGGUUAUGGUGCACCAGCUGCUGCCUACAUGAUCUACCCAGGCUUCCUUCCGGCUGUCUUGCCUGCUAGUGGUGCCACUUUGCAGAGUCAAUUGGUCCAGCAGCAGCAGCCCAGUGGCGACCUCAGCACAAGGGCCUCAUCCAACAUUGCUGGAGCUGACAGCCCUUACUACAUGCCCACAGGUAAAGGGACCCAACUUCAGCAUCAACAGACAGCUUCAGGUAAUGAGAAGGCACCCCUCAUCAGUAUCACCUCUCAGCCACUGGGCCCCAGAAUCAUUGCACCACCAUCUUUUGAUGGCACCACAAUGCGCUUUGUGGUGGAGCAUCGGUGACAGGCCAAGAGCCAAAGGUCUCUUCUUCUGGAGUUGCUGCCAUGGGUACAAAGAACAAGAAUUUAUCUCCGUUAAUCUGAAAAUAAUUUAGUAAUGCUAAAGUGUCAUUUAAGAUGCUGCUUUCUUUCUCAUGUGUUUCUCAUACUUUGCUUUCUACAAAACAAGUGUUGUUCUUUUUCAUGUUUGCAUAACACAGACACCAUGUUAACUAUGUAUAAAUUUAAUUAUGCAUAUGUGAAAGGUUGAAUAUUGUGUAUAGAAAAUGUUUGAAUGUAGAAGCCUAAUAAUCUCUAUAUCUUUGUAAUUCAUAUAGCUAACUAUAUGUUACAUGCAAAUACAUGCAAAGGAGUGCCAAACACAAUUUAAAAAUUAAAAAAGGGGUUGAGUACUUAACCUCUUCUAUAAUAAACAUGCACUUGAGAACAGUUGAUAGGAAAAAGAGUUAAGUACACCUUUCCUAGCUAAUUUUCUGCUUUGCAAAGUGACUGUAUAGGUUUUGUUUCUACAUGUUUAGAUAUAACGCAGUUUGCCUUGAAUAUUAACAUAUUAGAUUUAGUAGGCAUCAGUCCAUCUCCUAGGGUGAACUAUACAAAAACCAAAAAAAAUAAUUUUAAAUGUCCUUUAUCUCCAAAAGCUUUUGUCCUGACAAUAGAUCUUUAAAACUACCAUUUACACUCAUGUAUAAGUUUACUUCAUGUAUAAGUUGAGUGUGGGUUUAGGGCCAAACUUGUGGAUUUUGCUUUAAUCUGUGGAUAAAUUGAGGGUAAAAGUUAGUGACACGUAGCAAUCAAAUAUUUUCCUCUCUUUAAAAGAUGCAUAAAAGAAACAUACUUGGGAAUAGACAAAGAGAAGGAGAUGAUCUGUUUAUUUGAGGGGUUACUUUGGUGGGGUGAUAAAUUGCAUUGCUGAUUAUUAAAUGGUUACAUCUAUACACAUACAACAGGAAAGGGAGUAUAAAUGAGGAAAGAGAAUGAGAAUGCAGCUUGAAGAAAAGGGAAACAACCUGCUUCUUUCAGAGACUUAUAAUAAGCCUCUGCUUCCACGGCCUUCAUUCUGGUCCCUAUUCCAGCAUUGACCCAUGUAUAAGUCAACCCAGGUUUGGGGGAAGAUUUUUUUUUUGUCUUUUUUUUCAGCAUAUACAUGAAUAUAUAUGGUAGUUUACAUCGAAGUCAGCGGUAGUUUUCAAACAAUCUUCCUUGGAAGCAAAUUAGAACCUGGUUUACAUUAUAGAUAUACAAUUUGAUGAUCUUCAUUCAAAGUAUCUCUAUUACCAUGUGGUUUAAGCUAAUCAGCACCAAUCCUACUGAAAACAUAUUCACUAGUACUAGUAUGUUCCCUUAUUUUUCAUAGAGUGUGAGCUCUAAACCCAUGAAUAUUUAUCUGGAUAUAAAUGUUACGAAAUUAAAUUAGAUUUCUUGCCAAACACUUGUGCAAGACUUUGAGUAAAUUUUCCUGAUCAGGACAAUUAUCUGUGGGCUUUGUUUUCCAGACCUAACUGUGGAUACAACAGAAUACUUAGGUUGCAUUCUUAUUUGAAAUAUUCUGCUUUGAUAUCGCAAGCCAUGGUUUACAGAAGCUAGAAAAUGAAAAUUAAAAGAAUUAAGGUUACUAUUUUUGUCAUAUUGGACUUGGAUUCCAACAGGUAUGUAACGGAUAGAAUUUCACCUGCUGAAGCCUCCUUCAUCAUUUUGUUCCCAUGUAGGAAUUUGUAUACUAAUCAAUACCUGUAUGUUGUACAGUAGUUCCAAGAGUAUUCACCAUAUCAAAGGGGAGAUUUUCCCUUCAGUUUAACUUUGUGGCGUUUUGUGUUUUCUUUGCACAUUAUGCAUUUUAGAAAAUUGUUUUGGAAACUACUUUGUGAAUGCUAAUAUGGCCAGCUAUUUCUAUCCAUGUCCUAAGCCUGAGUAACAUGUAUAUUUGCCAUCAUGCUAAAGCUUAAAAGAUUUACCUCAAAGCUCUUUCAUGGGAGAAGAGUGAACGUUGUAUUGGGCUUUUGAAAUUGGAGAAGUGUUGUAGGAGGUUUACUUGGUGCAUGCAGAAAUUGCAAACUUAACUAAGGACACAUCCAUUCAAAAGAAUCCUGGGUUUUGCAGAGGGUGCUUAAAUGUAAAAGCAGCAGGGCAAGAAGUAACACCCAUAGAAACAGAUAUCGCGUUGUAUAGGUGCUACCAUAUCCUUCUUAUGAUUCUCUCAGAUUGCCACAUCAACUGGAUAUAGGUACCUUGUGGCUCAUAAAAGGUGCAUUUACACAGACACCUCAAUCUAGGGCCAGGUCAAAGCAUUGCUGAUCCAGACCAGUCCCGAAUUCUGUAAUAAUUUCUGCCAGCUAUGGAUGAAACAGCCCCAUGAGCAUAGGGGAAAGGGAAUGGUGACAUCAGGCCAUAUGGACAGAAUUAGAGCCAGUUCAGCUGUCCACACUAACCCUGAAGUAUGGGACGGCUCCAAAAUAUCACCAAAUCUCUGGAGCAUCCCCCAAUGUCUCUUAAUGUGGGAUAAAGCUGUUAACUGGUUAUGAACCAUAAGUCCUUGGACAUCCAGGAGCGAUGUCUGAUUGACUCCGGAGUAUAGAGGCAGUGUAGUUAAGCCCAAAGACAGUACAUGGUCUAUUAACUAAACUCAUAAUUUAUAUUAGUUUACUGUAAACUGCACUGAAAUCAAUACAGUUUAAUAACAAGUCAGAGUUGAGGUGCUAUUUUUCCUUGUGUGGCGACUUAUCUUGAAAGCUGAGUCAUCAUUGCAGUCAUUUUUCUUUUCCCUCAAAGGAAGCUAAAAGAAUUUCCAUAAUGUCCUCAGGAUGAUAUCACAGAUCUAUAAGCUAUAAUGAUAUUUUGCCUAAAGUGAAUUUGAAGAAAUUCUGAGGGAAUUCUUUAAAGCAAGCCAAACAGAGUUUCAAUAUAACAUGUGAUAUUUCUCAGGGGAGAUUGCAUGUAUCCUUAGAUUUUGGUGAAGGUGUUUGUGCAUUAACAGCACAUGGUCAAUGAACAUGUGUUUAUUAGUUGCAAUCAUGGUGCUGUUCUAAGGUAUACUAGAGAUUCAAACUACCAGUGUGUAAAUUAGCCUAUACAAGGGGGAAAUGCUUAAAACACUAAGUAAAUUAUCAUGGUUAAACUGGAAUUCCAGAUCUUAACAUAAGAGGAUCUUUUAUUUAAUAAUAAGUGGAUUUGAUUCAUCAGUCUUAACAUGUGCAUGGCCAAAACACUUCAUAGCUACAGUUGCCCCUUCACACAUGUGGCUUUAACUUUUUGUGGAUUUGAUCAUUCAUGAAGUUGAUUAAUAUGUCUCUUCAGAUAUCUUUAAGUCUUCCAUCAUGAUUUUUUGGUCAACUACGGUCAGGAGAUGACUAUAUACUUAUCCUGGAGGACCUAGAUGUUUUCUAAGGUAAUAAAAAAAUAUUUGUGGCCUUUCCACUUUUGUGGGGCUUCUACAUCCAAAACACAUGAGAAAAUACAGCAUCUGCUGUAUGGUGUGGUCCAGUGGUAUAACAAGAGCAAGCUCCUCUGAAAGUACUGCCGUAUUGCAAUACAUUCAUCCUUCCACAUUUGCAGUUUUGGCUUGUGCAGUUUUGAUUAUUCAUGGAAUUGAUUAAAACAUUCUUCCUUGGAAUUUCUAUGUCUUCCAGUGUGACUCCAUCCAUGGUCAACUUCCUUCAGUCAUGCUGGAGGACCUAGAGAUUGCUAGACAGAACACCUCUAAAGGAAUCUGUAGGUUCUCCAAAGCAAUUCCAUGGCUAGCUUCCACCAAAAGUUGAUCAUAGAACAGUAACCUUCUGAAUCUAAGUUAGUUUGCUGUAGCUGAUGAACCUUCUGCAUAGCGUAGUACAUUUAUAGAUGCCACUUUAAACCAAAAUGCUUCUUCUGAUAUGUGUAUCUGCCAAAGCAGCUAUCUUGUGCCACCUUAGGAAUGGAUCUAAUCUGUUUCUUCCAUUUUAUUGAAUUUUUAAAACAAGAAUGUUGAUAACAUUGAGACACUUGAUUUGCCAUGAUAUAAGAACAUGUUCAGGCAUGCCCCCCCCACCCCAGAAUCUCAUGUCUGUGAUAUUUUUGAAUGCCUUUUGAUGACAACUUAACAGGUUUAAUGUAGUACAUGUGGAUGUGUUCUUUUAAACAAUUGCAAAGGAGAACCGUCUAUGACAUGGUCGCUGAAGAAAGUCAUGGUGAAUAAAAUACCUUUCUUUUUCAUAGGUGGUACAAAAAUAUCUUGAAUUGUUGCAAAAGCAAUCUACGAUGGUUUGGUCUAUUCAGUUUAUUUCAAAACUGAAUUUCAUCACAGUUGGAGCCUCAUCAAAAUCAUUUACUUGUGCUUACAAACAACACAAGAGGCUCAGAUAUAGUUUCUGGGGCAUGUGUGAAAAAGCUCUGAGGUCUUAUAUCCCUGCUAAAUCCCCUGCCAGUAUAUUACUUGUUAAUGAGACCUUUAAGACGUGCUGUUUUCAUUGUCCUUUAUUACAACGUGAAAGGAAGUCUUGCUAACUUUGAAGAAUUAAUAUAGCUUUCUAGGAUAUAAAAAUUAUUUUUCUAGCUUGGGUUUGUUUUUCAGUGUAAAAGAAAAGAAAAUUAAUGCAGAUAGACUGUUGUUUUGUUUUUAAUAUAAGAUAUCCCCUAAUUCUCUUUGGACCUGCAAAUGAUACAUAAAAUACUUUGGUAAAUAUAUUCAGUAUUUUCUGAUUUAUCGACAGUAUCAUUUCCAACCAAGUUCAGGUAUAUUCUCAGGAACAUGUAAUGUAAUUCCCCUUGCCCAACGUGGUGCUCAUAGAUACGUUUUAUUCUGUUGUUUACAAGAUACAGGUUUGCAUAUGCACACAAACACACCGAAACCCAACACAUAGUUUAGCAAUUAAGUCUGUCUUGGAUUGUGGACCCAGACUUUCAGGGGGCAUGGUUUGCUUGGAAUCAUAGCUUAUCGGAGUGUGAGUCUGUUCUGAAAAUACCACUCCUUCCCCAAAGCUGGACUUUCCUUCGUAUCUUCCAUAAGAAGUCAUUCAAAUGACCUGAUGUCCUCUAAUCAGAUAGGUCUUUCUGAUAACAUAGGGUGCUACUACACUCUAGAAUUAAUGCAUUUUACACCACAGCCACAUAAAUUGCUAUGGAAUCAUGGAGUUGUAGUUUAUAUUGCCUUUAGUCUUCUUUGCCAAAGAUUGAUGGUCUCACCAACAUACAAAUUCCAGGAUCCCACAGCAUUGAACCAUGGCAAUUAAAGUGGGGUCAAACUGCAUUGAUUCUACAGUGUAGAUUCAGCUAUAAUUUCAUCCUGCAAAAAAGAUGGUGAAAAACGGAGAGCUUAUUUUUAAAAGUGUUUGUAGAGAUUCACAUGCGUGUAAAAACAUUUUCUCAGGACACAUUUCCUCAGUAGGGCAACUAGAUGCAAAAGAGGACUGUUCCUCUGUUUUGGAGUGUUGUGUCAACUGCAGAGUUUCGAUAGAUGUAGCAAGCUGUGAUGCAAACUACAUCAGAAAAUUCCUUUAUGUACAUGUUUUAAAUGUGGAGGAAUCCUGUCCUCUUUUUGCAUCCGCCAUCCCUCGUCCUCAAUAUGACAUGUUUCACUUUUACAUAUCAGGAUAUGCUUAAUUUCUCCUUAAAGUGCUAUAAAUAUAAAUUGUGAUUGUAGAAAGAUUGUGAUUUAAUGAGAUUGCUGUGAGUUUCUUGACUUAAUGUUCUGAAUACAGGCUAGAAAGGCAGUUAAGUAUACAGUUUAAUCUGAAGGCUUAAUGUAAAUAUUUUACUGCUACAUGGCAUGAGGUUUUACAGCUGAUAUUGCAGGAUUAUAUCCCUGAAUUUAGACAGAUGAAUUUUUGAAAAUUGCUAAAUUCAAGAGAUGAAAAACAGCCAAAAAUUGAGUGUUCUGCUUAUAUCUCAGUGCUCAAAUAGAGUAGCAGCAUAUGUGUUCUGUAUCAUGUUUCAGAUUCAAUGCAGUUGAAAGAUCUCAGGUGGCGAAGCUGCAAAAUCCUGUCUGCUUAAGACCUUUGAGAUCUGCUGCCAGUGAACAUAGAUAAUAUUAUACUACAUGGAUGGUUGGUGUCAUAUAAGUAGCUAUUUUUUCUAUAAUAACACAGGAGUAAUCAAACUAAUUAAAAACGAUUGCCGCGACAUGAAACAGGUCAAGGUUUACCCCGAAUGCACAACCCUAAUGAUUACAUCAAAUUAGUUAAUAUCAUUUCCAGAGCUGAUACACAUUACAGUUCCUAAUCUUGAGUAUCAAGCUGAAUUUGAAUUGCAAGACCAUAGCAGUUUGGUUUUUGGUUUAUGGCGAACAAUGGCAUUACUGUAUACACGGUUUUUUUCAUGUCAGAAGCGACUUGAGAAACUGCAAGCCGCUUCUGGUGUGAUAUGUGGAACUGGUGGUAGUGUUUUUGUUUUCAGAUUGCAACUCUGGCAGAUAAAAUCAGUUGUACUUGGAAAGGAAAGAAAACUUUUAGCAGUUAAAACAUUUAGAUCUACACCAGAAUCCACAACAUUUAAAAGAGCAGUUAAUCUCACAGGUUUUGAAUGAGACUAGCACAGGCAUGGGCAAACUUUGGCCCUCAGGGUGUUUUGGACUUCAACUCCUGGUAGGCUGCUAGGAGUUGUGGGAGUUGAAGUCCAAAACAUCCGGAGAGCUGAAGUCUGACCAUGCCUGGACUAGCAUCAUCCCUCCAAUGUUACACUUACUGUCUCUGAGAAUGGUUUUUACAUUUGCUACUGUUCACAUACACUGUUUGGUAGAGCUGCUUCGGGAUAUUAUGUCUUCUCUUAACACUAAAUCAUGUAUUUACUUCAUGGUUCAUAGUCAUAAGUGUCAUUCCGUUUCUUAAUUUUUUUUCUGUUGCAAAGUGCAUCACAGGUUUGGUUACUCAACAGCAGCAAAAAAGAAAAUCUCUUUUAAAAAAAACAUUGCUAGUGCAUAAAGUGUUGUUAAUGGUUUCCCACCCGCUGUUUUUGUACAAGGAGCAUCAGCGUCAAGGGAUUUAAGAAUGGAAAUGUAAAGUAGGUACAAUGCUCAUGAUGGAGAAUGUUGGUUGAGUGUUUGAGAUGAAUGCAGUGGAGCCAAAUGGAAAGGACAGGAUGCUUUGGAGACAGUUUUGAUGAAAUGAAUUGCUGCUUAUGGGAAAUCUAUAAAGAUAAUUAUCUAGGGUUUCUUUUUUUACUUGUUUGCUGCUUUAAAAUAGAUGCUAUUUUGGCACGUUCUUAGCUGAUGUCUGAAGUGACGCCAUGAUAGAAUGCUGUGAGCUUGGAAUUUAAAAACAGUGAACCUAGCAAAAGAGAUUGAGGAAUUGCGCUUUGGGUGUGUUGUGCAUAGCGAGGAUUUAAUUGUAUGAGGAUCGUGAGAAUAUGUAAUAAAUUGUUUAAAUACUUUAAGCCUAAAAUAAACCCUUGUAAGCAUACUGGCAAGCUUUUGUAUAUUUUUUGAAUGUUAUGACAAAUAAAAUGUAUUUUUCAAUAAAUUAUAUUAUAAACAA